CUUCUCCUCCGCCGACACUUUUUUUUGAAUUUGUUCUUCUUUUUGCAUGUUGGAAGAGAAAGAGGAGAGAUCCUCCAAGCCUCCUCUUUAAGGAGCGGGUGCUUUGCGCUGCGCGACCUUUCACUUUGCGAUCCUUCCUUGGUUGUUUCCCCCCGCCCCCUUGCGUAUCAAAGCCCUGCCGAGUCCGGCUUCCAGAGCUUGUAAUCGGCGUGCACAUAUCAGAGUGGACUUGUCUUGAGUGGGAGGGGAAGGGAGCUGCAUCUGUUGUGCUUUUGCCUGCGGGAAUGGUGCCGGGGGCUGCCAAGGGUUGCCAGUGUUUGUCUGGUCGGUCAAUGCCGCCUUAGCCCAUCACCUCGAGCAGAAAUGCAGUGGCGCCAGCAGAGGAAAGCUUUUGGUAGAAACGGUCUGAUAGCAACACUUAAAGAAUGCACCUUAUAUGUUUCUCGGUUCAAAUACUAAAUCUGGGUUCGCAGAACAUGCAAGACAAAAUACGGCUGACUUGUUCAUUGUGUGAACAAGCUGUUGGUGGCAGUAGUGUGGUUUCCAACUUAAUUUGUGAAUCCAAUCAACCGUGGUUAAGGAAUGCAUGACUUAGUUUCAGGGCUUCCCAAAUAUUUUUCCUUCCUUACCCAAAAUCACUUAUCAGAAAGCCAAUUUGACAGAGCUGGAAAAAACCUUGCUGAAAACCUGGGCAGCUAUCACCUCACAGGGUGCUUGUUGUGGAGAAAAUAAGAGGAAGUAGUAUUAGGUUUAAAAAGAAGUGCACGUAGUCCUUGACUUACAACAGUUCAUUUAGUAACUGUUCAAAGUUACAACGGCACUGAAAAAACUGUAUCAGUGGGAACUACUUUCAGUGUUGAAUACAUGACUAAGGAGCUGCUACCAGAACAAAAUGGAGGGCUUGAGUCUACAGGCGAUGACCCUUUCUGAUGGGACAACAGCCUAUGUUCAGCACGAUGCAGGUGAAGAGAAAUUAGUUGAUGGACAAAUGAUUGAACUUGAAGAUGGAUCCACAGCUUUUUUCCAACAAGUAACUCUGCAGAAAGAAUCUAUCACAUUUGAAGAUGGUCAGCCUGUUACACUGGAAGACGGCACCAUGGCUUUUAUACAUCACGCUCCCAAAGAGGGUUUUGACCCCAACACCUUGGAGGCCAUCCAGCUGGAAGAUGGGUCCACAGCUUUCAUACACCGUCCUGUUCCCACAACAAUGGAUGGCACCAUCCUGGCAGUACAAGCAGAUGUGGGGCUGGAGGAAUUGGCAGAGAAGAAAGAUGACCCUUUUGAUUUAGACACUGAUACCACUCUGAAGGAUUACACCAGCAAGGAAGACUUUCAGAAAGAAGAAAUGCAGAGCACUGGAAAUGGACCGAGAACUCCUGAUAAAGCUUAUUGUUGUAGAUACAGUGGGUGUAGCCGCCUCUUUACCACAUCCCACCAUUUGAAGGUUCAUGAACGUGUCCAUACUGGCGAUCGCCCAUACCAGUGUGAUUUUGCAAGCUGUGGGAAAACUUUUGCUACAGGAUAUAGUCUAAAGAGCCAUAUGAGAACCCACACUGGUGAGAAGCCAUACAAGUGCCAAGAAGAUUUAUGCACCAAAGCCUUCAAGACUUCUGGAGAUCUCCAGAAACAUAUUCGAACACAUACUGGUGAGCGGCCCUUCCGGUGCCCCUUUGAAGGCUGUGGCCGCUCUUUCACCACCUCUAACAUACGCAAGGUCCAUAUACGAACACACACAGGAGAGAGACCCUAUAUGUGCUCAGAGCCCAACUGUGGGAGGGGUUUCACUAGUGCCACCAACUACAAAAAUCACAUGAGAAUCCAUACAGGGGAGAAGCCAUAUGCAUGCAUGGUACCAGGCUGUGGAAAAUGCUUCACAGAAUAUUCUAGUCUCUACAAACACCAUGUAGUUCACACACAUUGCAAACCAUACACUUGCAACACCUGUGGCAAAACCUAUCGGCAAACUUCUACUUUGGCAAUGCAUAAACGUACCGUGCACGGGGAGUUGGAUGACAGUGAGCAAGCUCUCUAUGAACAUCAGUUGGAAGAUACCAUAGUGAAUAACAGCAGGCCUCCACUGAAACGUCAAUGUAUUGUUUCUAUGAAGAUGAAAGAUGAAGUGCAGGAAGAUUCCAUGUCAUCGGCAGCAGCUCUUGUUUCUGAGGAUGGUGUAGAGCAAUUGGAAAUGCAACAGAGCCUGGAAAAUACAAUCAACAUGACAACUACCGAAGUUCACCAAGAAGGUGAAACUCUAAAAACAGCUACAUUGAAAAAUGGAUGUUGAGGCUUUAUUUUGAACACUUGACAGGGGUGAAGAGCUAUGUAGAAACAAGUCAUUGGACAGAACAGAUUCUACAAGGGCCUGCAGUUCAGGAGUCAGAUGACUGGGAACUAAAUGCCCAUUGGAGAGAAGUUUUAAGAAUUGUUCACUGCUAGUCAAUAGAGAUUGAUAACUGAUAAGAACAGAUGAUGAAGUAACAUUUUUGCCUGACAUUUUUUAAACAAAUGGACGUGUAAUAAGCUUCAAGAAAUCAACUCAUCUGAGAUAGGAUUUGUCUUAUCAUUUGGAACUUUUUCAUUUCUGGUACAUAUUAAUGGAAUGACCACUUUUGGAUUAGAAAACAUUUAAAGUUGGACUUUUAUUGGAUUUCAGCAACAAGUUUUAUCAUUUCAGAAUUUUAUAAUUUAUGUGUUUAGUGUUGAAUGUCCAGAAAAGGAUCACAGCUACUCCAUAUCCUAGAGCAGUGUUUCUCAACUCAGCAAGUUUAAGAUGGGUGGACCUCAACUUUGAGAAUUCUAGGAGUUGCAGUCUACACAUCUUAAAGUUGCCACGGUUGAGAAACACUGUCCUAGAGAAGUAGUAGUAUGAAAGUAAUGAAGUGUCCUCUAGAUAGGAUUAUAAGUGGAAGUUCCAAGGUGUAUAGCAAUGGGAACAAGCAAUAGCAUUAUGGAAGCUUUCCUCUUCCCCGCUCCCAAAUAUACCAGAGAUACCUCUAAAUCAGGGGUAUCCAACCUUGG